AUGAAUUGCACCUAUCAUAUACAAAGCCCAAUAAGUAUGAUAUGUAUAGCUCCUCACAAGUGCUAAUGCUAAAGGAAACUUUGUGUAAAAUGCUGCUAUGACCAUGGAGUAGAUUAAAAAUAUAUAGUUUCGGCAGUGAAAUUUCAAGACAUGACUCAGAAGAUAUUAAAAGACUCCAAGCUUAAUGAUACAUCUGAGUUAACCAAAUAGAGAAAGCAUUUUAAAUCAUUGUUCUCUUAAAUCGAAUAAAUAUUGAAAAAAAUGUUGGAGGAGUUGUCUCUAUCAAUCAAAUAAGUAUUUGAUUGGAUUGAAAAAGAAAAUUAAUCAUUCUUUUAUCUCCUCUAAGAAAAUUGUAAUAUAGCAGAAAGCUCCUCUACUGAUUUAGAAAAAUUAGUAUAAAUUGUAGAAGGAAGUUUAUUAAAUGAUUGGUCAGUUUAGAGAAAUUCAUAUUUUACUCGUUUGUAGAAUAUAAGUAGUUGGUGGGGUCAAGAGUUUCAGAAUUUUAGUGAAAAAAUUAUAGAAAAGAGCAAAAAGUUGCUUCAUAAUAACUAUGUUUAUAGGAACUAACCAUUGAAGCCAAAUUAAUAAUUGGAUGAGUAUACCAAUAAAUUUAUAGGAAUCUUGUGGGAUUAUUCAUAUAACCAACCUUUAUAAUUAAAAUUAAACCUACAAAUUACCUUUACAUAAAACAAAGAAAUCUAAUAUAUCAAAGAUGGUUACAAGAUAAGAAUGUAUAAAUUAAUUAAUAUUAUUUUAGAGAUAAAAUAAAAGAAACAACAAGGAAACCUGAAAUUUUAACCAAUUUAGAAUAAAUCCAACACUUUUAUUGGUCUGGUAAUUAUGGGCAAAAGAAUCAGAAGAUUGGCAAUUGGUUAGCUACAUGGAAAGGUGAAACAAUUUAGGGUGUUGGCGGAAAGUACUCUGAUGAUGGACAAAAGUAAGGAAAAUGGAGAGAAAUAGUAAAAAAUUAUUGGAGGUUAAUCAAAUAUAUUUAAAUUAUUAGUCUAGGAAAAGUGUUUGAAGAAGGUGAAUAUGUAAAGGAUUAAAGAAUUGCGGUUUGGAAAUAUAUUUAUGAAAAUAAUGAAAUGUAUGUAGUAAUUAAUUAAAUAAAAAUAGAGGUGGAGGUGGCUAUAAUACAGAAGGAUUGAAAAUUGGAAAAUGGAUAGAUUUGAGCGAGGGUUUUUGGCAAUAUUCAUAAUUAACUUAAAAUGGCUAAUAUAGAAAUGGUAAAAAGGUUGGUAGAUGGGAUAUUUUUUAUAGAGAAUAAAGCAGUGAUUCAUUUAAAUAAAUGUAAAAAUUUUAUAAUAUAAUCGAUAAAAUUGAUUAUUAGUGGUGGUGGAUAAUAUGAUGAAACAGGUAAUGAACUU